UAUUCAGCUAUCAUUUUAGUUCCUGGCGGAGAGUUCUGACGUCAUAAAGCAAAAGGAAAGGACGUCAGAGAAGUGGGGAACCUCCAUAUCUAUAUAACCACGAACAGGGCAGAUUGCACACGUCUAAAUACUUGGAAAUGCUAAACUGGCAUGGUUUCUGAGUGGAGUUGAGAGACGUGUCCUCUUCAGCGAAGAUGGAGUACGGAGUGGAUGAUGAAUCCCACGUGGACUACGCUAUACUCAACAAACUUCGACUGGAUGGCAGGUUCUGUGAUGUGGUCAUCCGCGUGGAGGGCUUUACUAUGAAAGCCCACAAGAUUGUCCUGUGCGCUUGUAGUUCCUACUUCCGUGCCCUGUUCACAGGCAACUUCAACAACUCGCAAAAGAGGGUGUACAGCAUCCCCGGGGUGCUGCCGGAGAUGAUGAAGAUCAUCGUGGAGUACGCCUACACGCACUCCGUGGUGGUUACCAAGGACAACGUGGAGCGCCUGCUGCCGGCGGCGGACCAGCUGUGCGUCCUGGGCGUCGUGCAGGCCUGCGCGGACUUCCUGGAGGCCCAGCUGUGCACGCACAACUGCAUCGGCAUCUGGAGGUUCACCAACAUAUACUUCUGCCCCGAGCUUCGGCGCACGGCGUACCGCUUCAUCCUGCAGAACUUCGAGGAGGUCGGGCAGACCUCCCCGGAGUUCCUGGAGCUCACGCUGCCCGAGCUCUGCGACAUCGUCGAGAAGGACGACCUCACCGUCAAGCAGGAGGACAGAGUGUUCGACGCCGUCCUGCGCUGGACGGCGCACCUGCCCACCAAGCGCAAAUCCCACCUCCCUCGGUUGCUCCCGAAGGUCCGGAUGGCCCUGAUGAACGCAGACUACUUCAUGAACAACAUGAAGACCAACGCGUUGGUGAAGGACAAUGAGGAGUGCAAGCCCAUCAUCAUAAACACCCUGAGGGCAAUGUGCAGCCUUCGAAAGACAAACUUUGUGGGCACCAGCUGCUAUAGCAACCUGUGCCGCCCGCGCCUGCCCUACGCGGUCCUGCUGGCCAUCGGGGGCUGGAGCGGGAACAGGCCCACCAGCGUGGUGGAGUCCUACGACACGCAGGCCAACUGCUGGGUGACGGUGGCGCAGACGGAGAGCCCCCGGGCCUACCACGGCACCGUCUACCUGGACGGCUUCGUCUACUGCGUGGGCGGCUACGACGCCGUGGAGUUCUUCAGCGCCGUGUGCAAGUUCGACCCCGUGGCACGCGGCUGGCACAAGGUGGCGCCCAUGCACUCGCGCCGCUGCUACGUGAGCGUGACCGUCCUGCGCGGCUGCAUCUACGCCAUGGGCGGCUUCGACGGCUACACCCGCCUCAGCUCCGCCGAGCGCUACGAACCCGCCACCAACCAGUGGAGCCUGAUCCCGCCCAUGAACGAGCAGAGGAGCGACGCCAGCGCCGCCACGCUGGACGGGAAGGUGUACAUCUGUGGGGGCUUCAACGGGGAGAACUGCCUGUGCACGGCGGAGUACUACAGCCCCCACACCAACCAGUGGACCCUGAUCACCCCGAUGAAGAGUCGGCACAGCGGGCUGGGCGUGGUGGCGUACAAAGAGGAGAUUUACGUGGUGGGCGGUUUCGACGGGGUCAGCCGGCUCCGGAGCGUGGAGGCCUACGACCCGCUGGCCGACAGCUGGCGCCAGAUGCCUGACAUGAUCAUCGCCCGCAGCAACUUCGGCAUCGAGGUGAUGGACGACCGGCUCUUCGUGGUGGGCGGCUUCAAUGGCUUCAGCACCACCUUCUACGCCGAGUACUUCGACCAGAAUACCAACGAGUGGGGCAGCAUCCAGGACAUGGGGGUCUUCCGGAGCGCGCUCAGCUGCUGCACCGUCGCCGACCUGGCCAACGUCGCCGAGUACGCCGCCCCCCGCAGCCCGGGGAGCCCCACCGCCGAGCUCUCCACCAUCAAAGAGCUCACUCUGUGAGCUCCCCGAACCUCACCGACUGGGCCCAGGGCUCAGCCCCCCGAACCUCACCGACUGGGCCCGAGGCUCAGCCCCCCGAACCUCACCGACUGGGCCCGGGGCUCAGCCCCCCGAACCUCACCGACUGGGCCCAGGGCUCAGCCCCCCGAACCUCACCGACUGGGCCCAGGGCUCAGCCCCCCGAACCUCACCGACUGGGCCCGUGGCUCAGCCCCCCGAACCUCACCGACUGGACCCGUGGCUCAGCUCCCUGAACCUCACCGACUGGGCCCAGGCUCAGCCCCCCGAACCUCACCGACUGGGCCCGUGGCUCAGCCCCCCGAACCUCACCGACUGGGUCAGCCCAGGAUACCUCAUACACUCAUAGGGCCAUCUUCUGCUGCGGCAGCCAAAACUAUCUUACAAAAUAAGAGCUUGAUAAUGUGAUGCCAGAAAAGCAUUAAAUUCUUGGUCAACAUCAACAUGUCAGCCUAUUGCCAAAUUUUUGUGUUCAGUAUUUUGGUUGUAUUUCUAAUACGGUGUUAUGGUAGAACCUCAAAAGAUGUGAAUGAUUUAGGAAUAUAAGUCUAUGUGGAUGGGGUUAUAUGAUUUGAACACACUGAAAAUGAUAAUUAACUAUACUAACUAUGCUUUUUUUUUUUUUGCUUGAUUCUUUAUUUUUAAGAGUUAUUAUAAGUAAAAAAAAAAACAAAUACUUUAGGUUUUUGCACUGCCUUUACUGCAUAUAACUAUGAUCAGUUAUAUGCAGUAAAGCAUAUAACUGACCAUAGUUAUAUAGGCAAAACAAAUUCACCUUGUCUGACACACUGCAAAUUGUAGCUUUAAUUUUAUAGUUAUAAUAUCUGAAAAAGACUGGAAGUAAACACAUUUUCUCUUGUGGCUUAAUGAACACUUUUAAAUGUGGAAAAAGCACUACAAACACUUCAGACACCCUGCUAAACAAAGCAUGUGACCACUGCCAUACCAUUCAGCUGUUUUCUGCUGACCCAGCAGCAUUCAGCACCUUGGACAGUGGCAGCCCACCUGCAGGCAAGCAGUGACUCUCAGUCUAACUGUGUCUUUACCAGCACUGAUUAUAAAGGCAUCGCCUACUGUGGGCCAGCAGGGCUAUACUUCACGUGGUGCCUGGUUACUCUUUUCACCUUUAAUAUCAGCAACCAAUCCAGACUCGGGAAACCAGGUCAGGUUAGUUGACUGUGUAAUCAGCUGCUCUCACUGGUCAGUUACAUGCUGAGCAACAUCGAAAAGCAGCCAACACAGUGGCUCUCCAGGUCCAGGGAAGCAGACACCUGUGCUAUUGAGACUGGCGUCUCUGGAAGUACAACCCAGCCUUUGGGAAGAGUCUGUGUAACCAUGUUUUUUUCCCCCCUUUUUUAACAAUAUGGCUGAAUUGUUUGUUCUUUCAUUGGGUUCUGAAGUUUAAACGUGAACUGGUAUUUUUCUUUCCUCCAAAAGCCAUGGUAACAGAAAAAAAUGUGCAUUUUGAAAAUCAAAAUAGCAAGUACAAAUAGCCAUAUUUGUGUAUCCUUGUUCUUUUAGUUUGUUAGAUGGUACCACUGAACACCACUGGCGUUUUCAUUUAUCCUAGCAGGAAAUUAAAUAAAAAAAUAAUUUAAAAAAAAUCUCCUGUCGCCUAUACGGUAGACACAGCUAAAAGCUGACAUUUUUGACCGGGGUCUUUUUAAAAAUGAUUUCUUGCUGGAACAAUGUAUCAGACAACUUGGUAUCUCUCAUUUAAUUGCCGUGAACCCAAAUGUUUCUGCUUGCCUACACCGAAAACCGCCGUGGGUGAAACAAUUGGGACGUUGCCCCGACGGAGUUUAUUCAUAACACGCACAAUAAAUAAACCCUGCAAUAGAAGUCACUGAAUCCGCGCUGUGCAAUAACUUCCGAAUAAACU